UCUUUUUGGCUCUUCAGUAGCCACUGAAGUCUGCUGGUUUAUCUAGUGGACCCACACCUAACCUAACCUAAAGGAAAAAUGGCGAAAGCGGGAGGAGAAAAUCUCCGCUGGGAACCUUUGAGAACGCGAUAUCAAAGUAUCUCUUGUACUCAGACAGAAACCCUCCAUAAUUUCACAGGCCACUCAAGUAGCAAAUGCAAAAAAUGUCAGCUUCUAGAGUAGAUGUCGUCAAAAUAUACAAGGGCUUAGACGGUGUCUGUCUCGAUCAGACAGCCGUUUCGACGGUCGGCGGCAAGCAUGAGGCUGGACUCACCUAUCGUGGAUACGCCAUCGAGGACUUGGCGAGCAAAUGCUGUUUCGAACAAGUCGCCCACUUGCUCAUACGAGGAUCACUUCCUUUGACAAUAAGGCUGACAAAGUAUAUUGUGCUAGUUCCUUUGCCUUUGUUUCCGUUUACUUACAUCAGCGGGGAGAAAUCGUCAGGGAAAUCUUAGGCAGAUUGCCGAGUAGAUUCGAGUCGUCACAUCAGGGAAACAAGGCCUGGCCCUCAGCGACCCACUUCUAACCCACAAACCCGCAGCCGAAGCCUACACCUCAAAGCUCGCUUCCUAUCGAGCUUUGAGUCCUGGAGUGAAGAAGAUGCUAGAACUACUCCCCGCCUCAGCGCAUCCUAUGGACGUCCAACGGACAGCCGGUAGCAUGCUAGGUUGUACAGCGAAAGCGCCUAGUGGAGACGAUUUAGAUGACGCUCAGGGCAUCUCUGAGGUUUUGAUUGCACAAUUAACCUCAGCUCUUUGCUAUUGGCACCACUUUGCUACGAAUGGCGUCAGAAUCGAACCCGACGUUGAUCCGAAAUGCACCCUGGCUGAAGCAUUCUUGAGGAUGCUCAAGCAGACUAAGGAUGUGGAUCCGAUGCAUGUACUUUUUACUCUGAUUUUUGAAAAAAUCCUGUAGUCGUUACUGCUUGAUGUAGUGUCGUUUCACGUUGAUUUUGGUCUUGAUACAAAUACAACCUUAACCAUACAUCAAAAUAUAAAAAAAAAGAACUUUAACUUACCAGAUCCGCACUGUCGAUGCAGCUUUUAUCCUGUACGCGGAGCAUGACUUUAACGCGUCCACCUUCACUGCCAGAGUGAUCACGAGCACGCUCUCGGACACUUACAUUAAGACACGUAAAAGUUGUUUUUGAAGAUCAUACACUUACACUGAUCACUUUCUACAAUAAUUUCAAAGGACUACAACUUGGAUUGAGUACUUACUUGAGUACUACUUUGACAUCACAUACAUUGUGGAAGAAAGCCGCACCAAAUUCGGUCCUCUCCUUGGUUCCUUUGUUUCCUAGAUCCCAUAACUUCUAAAACAAGUGCUGUCUCUGGAGCUAUUGGAGCCUUGAGGGGGCCUCUACACGGAGGUGCGAAUGAAGCAGUGAUGCAUUUGUUGAAGCCGAUGAAGAGUGUAGACGAUGCAAAACAACAAGUUCAAGACAAACUCAGCAAGAAGCAACUUAUCAUGGUUAUGCUGGCAUAUGAAGACGGUGAACGAAGUAGAAGUCCUGAGAUGGUGAAGUUUGAUGCUUUUGUACCACUUCUACAGAGCCUCUCGUUCCGCUUCUAUGAUCCAUGCGCCUCUAACUUUUGUUUCGGCCACCGAAUCUACAAAAACGGCGACCCUAGGAACAAGAUCUUCAAGGAACUCAGCCGUAGUCUAGCUACAAGAAGCGGCGCGCCAUCAUCUGCGAAGUUGUUAUUCGACUGCAGUGAAGCUAUUGAGACCAUGAUGGAGACCAAAAACAAGUACCCCAACGCAGACUUUUAUGCGGCCAGUGCCUAUUUUCAAUGCGGCAUUCCGAUUCCAUUCUUUACGCCAUUGUUUGUGGUCGCAAGAACAGCAGGGUGGUGCGCACACAUCCUAGAGCAGCGACAUGGGAAUAAGAUCAUUCGGCCCACAUCGCACUAUGUAGGUCCACCGAAGCAGGCAUUGCCAGAGAGCUUGUGCUUCUUCACAUCCUCGAAAUUGUGAUUCAAGUUACUAGACUUUUCCAACAAGAAUGUUUUUUCCAACAAGAUGAAUGAAAGAACCAACAUGAUUCAUCUCCUCGCUGAAGAUGUUGCCUCAGGCACACGAGACACAAUUUUCCUGCGCUGUCUUGCAUACUUCAAGCCACCAACGAACACGACUAGCGAAACAGUCGAACGUCUCAUCUUCUUUAUGACCAAAGUAAGUGUAUCGCUUCCUUGUGCGACACUACAGUUUUACUGCGCGAUGCCUGGCGCAUGCAAGCCGUCCUCAAACUAACACGCU